UCCACGGCAACAGAGGAGGAGUUUGCACUUCGACCCGUGACCACAGCGGCGGAAAUGAGGAACUAGGAAGUCGACUUCAGGGCUGAUGUGGAUUGGAAUACCACACAUUUGUUUAAGAUGAAUUAGUGUCGCUUACAGCAAUUUAUUCAUUUUCAUUCACCACAGAUACCGAUUGGCAUAAGCGGUCAUCCCACAUGCAGUGGCGACGCUAGCUUGUUCGAGAAAGAUGCUUCAGAGGUGACCUAAAUUGGAGUGGGGUGAAUGUGUGGGGUGUUUGCGGAGAGUAACUUUUGAUUUUUAUGUACUCUUGGUCGCUCAUUUCCUGUGAUUAGAAGCUAAACAAAAUGCCUCGGCCAAAUUGAAAUAAUACACUUAUCAUUUCACACACCAAAAUCCAUAAUUUUACACUUGAAGUCAUCAUGUCAUUGGGCGAACAGUCACAGAAGUGGUUUCCAACUCACGUCCAAGCCACUGUUCUUCAAGCCACAGACCUGCAACCAAAGGGCAAGAAUGGCACCAACGAUGCCUACACCAUCAUCCAGCUGGGCAAAGAAAAGUACUCCACAUCAGUGUCGGAGAAGACCCUCAGCCCGGUGUGGAGGGAAGAGGCUUCAUUUGAACUGCCAGGGCUGCUGAUGGAGAGCAAUCCAGAGGUGUAUGAGCUGUGCCUCACAGUCAUGCACAGGUCCCUGGUUGGAUUGGAUAAGUUUCUGGGCCAAAAAAUCAUCAACUUAAAUGAGAUAUUUGACAACAAGGAACGGAGGAAAACUGACUGGUACACGCUAGACUCACGGCCAGGUAAGAAGAGGAAAGACCGAGGCAAGAUUCAAGUUAGCAUUCAGUUCAUGCGGAACAACAUGACCGCCAGCAUGUUCGAUUUGUCUAUGCGAGACAAACCCAGAUCACCGUUCUCCAAGCUCAAGGAAAAGAUGAAGGGUCGCAAGCACAACGGUGCCUUUUCAGACACAUCUUCCGCCAUCCUUCCUCGCUCAGGACAGAGCGAGACUGAUUCUCUGCCAGACCAGCACCCUCACCCUCACCCUCAGGCUGCACCUGAACCCAAGCCAAAACGCUCGCUGCUCACUGGGACGCAGAAACUUUCUGCUGCUCACUCCAUGUCUGAUCUGAUAGGAACUCACUUCAGGCCCAAACUCGACUCCAUGAACUCUAUUGAGGAGAAAGGGGUUGCUGCAUCUCACAGACACUCUCAGAGUGAUGGAUAUGGUUGCCCAACCAGCGACGUUCCAUGUGACCCCUUUUCCGACAUCGGAGACAACAUGCCUCAGAAAUUCGCCACUCUCCCACGCAACCGCAAUCCCUUCGAGGGAGAUCAGGGGAUGCUGUGGGGGGCAGAGAAGAGAGAGAAGAAGGUCGGUCUUCUGGGCAGAGUGACUGGGAAGAAGGAAGGAAAGAAAACGGCCGCUGGAAAGCGAACAGGAAGCUCUGGAGACCUGCGAUCUCCAAACCCCUUUACCAGUGAAAGCAACCCUUUCCUCUCACACUACAGAUCCAGUGACAACAUGAGAAAUCCCACUAGUACUGAGGACCUUACACAGAGAUCCAAAACCUCUCCUGAAAAGAAGCACGGCAUGAAUAGUGCAAGAGAGCGUGAGCCUGAACAUCUGCAGACGAAUAUGGCGGCCUACAACAAUCUCUCCUUUGCAGAAGUUGUGCAAGAGCUCAUCAAGCAGAAAGAGGUGGUGAGAAAGAAAGAUGCUCAUAUUCGGGAGCUGGAGGACUACAUUGAUAACCUGCUGGUCAGGGUAAUGGAAGAGACACCCAGCAUCCUGAGAACACCCUAUGAGCCCAAGAGAAAAGCUGGGAAGAUCUCAAAGAAGUAAAGGAUCUCCAAAGCAUAUUAUAACAGCUUUCUGGAAAAAUAUGUAUUGCUUGUAAAAGGACACUGGAAUGUCAUUUCUGAUAGGCCAAGUGUAUUUGUUCACACACGGACAGAUUUCUUGCCAUAAAGUUACUCUAGGUUUGCAAGAACAACCGGAUAUAUUGUGAAGAAAGAUGGGCACUAAAUGUGGAGAUGCCAAACCCCCUUUUUUAGAUUUUUCCAUUACUUUUUAUUUGAGCACUUAAUACUCUCACUGUGUUUUGCGAUGAUCACUGGGGUGGACUGUCCAUAUGAGGCCUUUAAUUUGCUGUGACUGAAUUCACACUUCAAUAGCUGUACCAGAUCAAUUGACAUACGUUUGUCCACAAAUAUGUGGUGAAGCAAGGAAACACUUGGAUGGCACCAUGGGACAUAAAGGUGAUUGUUUACUGCAUGUUCUAGCACCGGAGCAUAUUGGGUUCGACAGGGUAACUCUCCUGUCACUUUUGAGUGAUCAGACUCAUGAUAUUGGCAUGUGUUUGGUGCCAUAUUGAUACGUUACAAGACGUCGGUACUGAAAACUUUUUGGUACUUUUUUUCAAAGCAUACGUCUAUAAAAAAAAAUACACUCAGAAUUACACUACCAAUAUUUAUUUUGAGCUUGAUUGCAAUGAGCAAAUGUGUAUGUGUGAAUAACACUGUUCACUUUUUAAGUCUAAAAAACAAACUGCCUGUUAAAUACAGCGAUGACAGAAGUGUAGAAAUGAGCAUCCAGACUCCAAAGACUUCAUUGUGAAUGUCCUUCAGUUGAACUGGAAUGUACUGAUGCUGAAUUUCUUUAGUGUACCGCAGGACUGUCAAAAUGUGUGGUCUGCCUACAGUUGACUACACCAAAGGUUUGUUGAUUAAACUUAAGCUAGCCGGUCAGUCAAUCAAGCACACAAGUAUUAUAUAGCCCCUUUUAAAUUUCUAAUUUUACCAGAGCAAGUCUAGCCCAUGCGUAUUUAAAACCAUAGCAAAUAACUGAUUAAUUUGGCACGUCUGGAUGCCUCAUUAUGGAAACAUUUCAGUCGGUUUGAUUCAUUACAAUGUAUAGCAUGUUUCGUGAUGAGCGAUGUAGACAAAAACUAGCUGAAGAACAAUUGUUUAUAGAUUCAAGGCAGUACUCUUUGACAUUGUACUGCUUUCCCAAUACUUUUCUUGUAGGACACUUCUUAUAGUGUUGAUUUUUUUUCUAGUGAGAAAAUGACAUUGGCUAUCAUUCUUGGUAACUCGGCAUAUAUUUUGCACCCUGGGCUGUUACACUGGAGCAUCUGUGUAGUGAAAUACUGUACAGCAGUGGUACAUGUGCGCCCCGCAUACUUAAAAAUGUACAUUUGAGAAAACUAGAACGAUUGUAGUCUGAAAAAUAACCCAGCCCUUCAUGUGAAGAACGAAACAAUUCUUUAGGCCAUAAUAUCCCUUUUUGAUAUUUUUAAGACACAAUAAGUAUAUAAGUUCUCUGUCUAUAUAGCUCUGCAGCAAGCUUCCCAGAAGUAGUUGUUCUUAACAACAUGGUUAAAACACUGUGCUGGUUAUUUGUGCUGGAAAGGAAGUCUCGUCUUUUAUAAUAUUCAGUCACAAUGAGCAAGUGAUGUAUUCUAGCUGUAAAUUAUUAUUGUUUUGUUCAUUUAAAGUUUUAUUUACUUACAUUUUAUGUAUUUGGAGAGGUUUACAUGUGUGUAAUUGGCUAUUCAUGUUAAAAUCAUUCAGUGCCACGUGCAGUGUUACACAGUGCUGACAUUAGUUAAACGCUCUAGUUUAAUGUCAGUUUUCUAAAAAAGGCCAUUUUGAGGCCAUUUUGUGUGAGCAGACAGAAGCUAGUUUUUCCAUAUAGUUAUGUUUACGUGCAAAAUUGUUUAUCCUUUGUAUAUGGAUAAACGUGUUAAAGCUUAUAUUUACAAAUCAUUUACAAAUGUUGUAUGCCAGGCUCACAUUAUUUAAACCAGGAGCAUGUUAUUUAUUAAUGAUUUUUUUUUUCUGCAUUAUAUUUGUCACUGGCCAAAAAUGUUUCAUUGAAUGAAUUC